CGGUUGACCCAUGUGUUGGAGGUGGACCAACAACAAUUUAGUCUCAAAGUCAGAAUAGUUGACAGGCCUGAGGUGGACAUGCCAGUCAAGGCAACUCUGGAUGUGAGUGUGUUCCCCAAUGACAGAGAGGUGCUGCGACUCCUAGACAUCCAUGGCUUUAAGGUGUACAAGCUUCGACAUGGUCAGCUGCUCGUCCAGGGCUCCUUUCUGAAGCUCAGAGCAGUGAAAGCCCAACUGCAGCAGCUCCUACACCAAGACAACCAGCCCCAAAACAACCCUUCCCCACCCAGCCUCAGCGGCCAUGCCUCUGGGACCUCCAAAGCCUCCACCAGGAUGCACCACACUAAUGGUACUGCAAUGCAUGCUGGGAACAUGAGUCCUAUGUAUGCUGGGAGCAGGAGUCCUAUUACAGUCAAUGCAGAGCAGUUUGCACAUGUCCUGCAGUCUUCUUCCCCAACCAACUCUUCACGGGACUCAGAGUCACCUUGUAGCCUCUCCAGCCCCCGGAGUGGCAACCCAUCUCCCAGUCUUCUGGCACCAGGGUAUGGGGCCAACGUGACCCACAGGAGGAACCCAUCUCCCAGCAGGUCUCGCAGUGCGGUCUCCUUUCUAAUGGACACAGAUGUGCUCCGAUAUGCCCUGUGCUUCAGGAAAAACGACAUUAAAACAAUUCUUGGAAGCAAUAACAUUCAAAUGGAUAACUUCCACCAGCCGGGCGAACAGGGAGGGCACUGGACAGGGGCUCAGGGACAGGAGAAGCAGUUCUCUAUCGAGCCUGCCCAAAAGAAGCAUGCUCCCAUCCCAUGGGAUCGUGACCCUGUCCCUGUGCCAGCUGCUGUACCAGAUUACACCUCCUCAAAGUACCAGGGUGACUCUGGGCGUGGAAGGACUGUACAGAGGGCUGGAAGCCCAGCACCCUAUACACCCACCCCCAGUCACAGGGGAAGAAGUCACUCUGAUUCCCAGGAGAAAGUCAAGGAGCAGAGA